AUGACAGCCUUCAAGACCCCCAUUGGGAUGUCACCAUACCAACUAGUAUUUGGCAAGGCUUGCCACUUGCCAGUUGAACUGGAGCAUAGAGCUUUCUGGGCUCUAAAACUACUAAAUUUUGAUGAGAAUGCAAAAUUCUACAAAGAAAACACAAAAAGGUGGCAUGACCAAAAGAUAGCAAGAAGGGAGUUCACUGAAGGACAGAAGGUGUUACUCUACAACUCAAGACUCAAGUUCUUCCCUGGAAAACAUAAGUCCCGAUGGUCAGGACAUUUCACCAUACUCAAAGUGUUUUCUUAUGGUCAUGUGGAGCUCAUGGAGGACAAGACCUAG